AAAUGAAUACUAGAGUGUAUGUCAGAUCGAAGCUAUUUUGCUCAUAACAGAGGUUUUAUUUUGACAGUGUGAUUCACGAAUGGCCCUCGCGAUGUACCGAUACACCGGCUAAGCCCUAAGGGAAACCGAAAAGUGUCGAUCCGUGCGCGUGACUGCGUAAGAUCAGAAAUAUCGUAGCUUUCCUUGCAAUUCGGGUUGUCGCGCUGCAUGUGUCAUUUGCACACUAGCGGCGGAACAGAUGCGAUAUUGAGGUAAAUCCUUGGAAUUACCACCGAUGAAUUUGGCCGCGUUGUGCUCUGUUCGGUGCUGCUCCUUCAACUAAUCGCGUGUGUGAUGCCCGGGAGUCGCUCCAGCACGGACCCAGAGCACAAGUCACCGCGGGAAAGUGGUGAAGAUUCGGAAGAUGAGAGUGAAAUCCUGGAGGAGAGCCCCUGCGGGCGGUGGCUCAAACGUCGGGAAGAGGUAUAUGUAGGUUCCAAGUCCACGUUAGCCGAAGGCUCUACCUUUGGAGCAGCCAGAGGCAGUGAAAACGAAGUUACUGAAAUGGAGGUGGAACAACGUGAUGUACCAGGAAUCGACUGUGCCUAUUUGGCAAUGGAUACCGAGGAAGGAGUUGAAGUUGUUUGGAAUGAGGUGCAAUUUUCUGAAAGGAAGAACUUCAAAGCACAAGAAGAAAAGAUACAACUUGUAUUUGAAAAUCUUACACAGUUGGAACAUCCUAAUAUUGUUAAAUUUCAUAGGUAUUGGACAGAUACCCACAAUGAUAAACCUCGGGUUAUAUUUAUAACAGAGUAUAUGUCCUCUGGGUCUUUAAAACAGUUCCUAAAAAGAACAAAACGUAAUGUGAAAAAAUUACCCUUACAAGCAUGGAAGCGUUGGUGUACUCAAAUACUUUCUGCAUUGAGUUAUUUGCAUUCCUGUUCACCUCCCAUUAUUCAUGGAAAUCUUACUUGUGACACUAUAUUUAUUCAACAUAAUGGGCUUGUAAAAAUUGGUUCAGUGGCUCCCGAUGCGAUUCAUCAUCAUGUUAAAACAUGUAGAGCAAACAUGAAGAAUAUGCACUUUGUAGCGCCUGAAUAUGGAAACUCUGUAACCCCUGCCAUUGAUAUUUAUUCAUUCGGAAUGUGUGCUCUGGAAAUGGCUGCAUUGGAAAUUCAGGGUAACGGUGAUACCGGUACGAUCGUGACUGAGGAUAACGUUCGAAAAACUAUAGAAUCGUUAGAUGAUGCCCAGCAGAAAGAUUUCAUUCGAAAAUGUCUUCAAGUAGACCCGCUCAGUAGACCAAGUGCAAGAGAGCUCCUUUUUCAUCCUGUCUUAUUUGAAGUGCAUUCGUUAAAAUUACUUGCUGCUCAUGCUUUGGUUAAUUCAGCCACUAAUAUUUCUGAAACGAUAACAGACGAAGUUUUGCAAAGGCUCUACGGUCCUGAUACGGUAGUCGCAGAAAUUAAAUAUCAAGGUCGACCACCGCAGCAGAUUCGGUUAAGUGAUAUUCCUGUUACAGAGAAGUUAGAAAAGUUCGUCGAAGAUGUAAAAUAUGGUAUAUAUCCCUUAACAGCAUUUAUGGCGAAAUUACCACCACCCGUUCGACCUCGGGCGAUAUCGCCCGAGGUUACUGAAUCGGUGAAAUCUGUCACACCCGAACCGGUGGACGUGGAGUCUCGGAGAGUAGUUAAUAUGAUGUGUAACGUUAAGCCUAGAGAAGAAAGUUGUGAAUUACUUAUGACAAUAUUAUUACGAAUGGAUGACAAAAUGAAUAGGCAAUUGACAUGUCCUGUGAGUCAAUUAGAUACUUCAAUGCUUCUUGCGCAGGAGCUUGUACAUUUUGGAUUUAUUAAUGAGAAUGAUCGUGAUAAAAUAGCAAAUUUAAUCGAAGAGGCAUUAAGGAGUUGUUUUAAUAAGCAAAUGAUGACACCAGGGAUGGUGUCAUUAACAAAUCUUCCCACUCAAACUACUUUAUUGCUGCCUGGCCCAGAAUUUCAAUGCUUGCAACACUUUGAUAAUUCUAUGUACAACGCGACAACAUCUCAUAGUGAUAGUGUAAUAACUAACCCGCUGCCAAAAACCUCAGGUUUCCCUGUGUCGAGUAACACGAACAGAAGUCACGAUGAAAUGGAACCACCGUUGAAUGCCGAGAGCGGUAGUUAACUAUCCAGGAUAUCUGGUAACUCAGUUCACUGUGCCACUUUGCACGCUCUAUGUAUAGACUGGCUAUGUAUUUUUAUAUUUAAGUAAACAGGAAGAAAGAAUGGAAUUAAAUGAUUAAAAGAAAACAGAAAAAUAUAAAAAAAGGAAAAAAAAGAAAAAGGGUGCCGUGGCUAGAGCUUUAGGCUAAAAAAUGUUAACGCGGUAGAUUCGAACAUAUUUUAUUUACAAACUGUUUCGUAUGUUCGAUAUAUAAAAAAUAUAAUUUAAUCGAAUGAUCGAUAUAUUCUGUCCUUUUUUUUUUUUCAUUAAGUCAUAAGAUAGUUUCGAAAGAGGUAGGAUAUUUACAUAUUGGAUAAAUUUUAAUCAAACAAAUGUCAAGGACGCGCUAUACUACUUCAGUUGACUGUACAGCUCUAAAAGAAAAAAACGCGAAUAUGUAGCAAGUACAGAAUUGUAACUAGUUAUCACGAAUAAUCGUAAUGACCUGUUACUAGGCUGAAAUAAUAAAGGGCAUUUUACUAGCGAAUGUUUAAAUUCGUCGACAAACGGAACGAAUUAUUUGAAAUAAUAAAUGAAGCAAAAAAAAAAGAACUUUCUAUCGUAAAGUGACCAAGAUGUAUCAUAGAAACUUAUUUUGUAUAUACAAGUUAACACAGAUUAACUGAAAAACAAGAUGAGGAGAAAACGGUAUAAUUAUUAGAUACGGAAGCAUAACUCGAUCGUACAGCAAUGUGAAAAUAAUAAAAAUAAAAACGAUUAUGAGCACCGCACUUGUUUCGCUUCGAUAUUCGAUGUGUAUUGUGAUUUGUCCCGACUCAUACGAAUCUUGUUUCUUUCGCUCAUUAGAAUGAAAUAAAAAACAAAAAUUGAUAUCUUGAUUUGUUUGAAAAGAUAAAAGUAAGAAAAAGAUAGUAGCGCGUAUAACGUUCAUAGAGUAGAACGUAAUACAUCGGUCGACUAAAUACAAUCUUUUUGUAAUUUAUCUUUGUUCUUUUCUCUUUCUUUCUGUAAUAAAAAUCGGACACAGCCACGGCCCUUCUAUACUUCGGUAUUAUUGAUGUGAUUAAACCAAGGUUAUUAAAUCUCGAUAAAAUUAGCUGAAAUCCUUGUAAAUAAUUUAUAUUUUUAAGAAAAUCUGUUGACACAGAAAACUAGUCAUAUAGGUAUAUUCGAGUGCUAACAAACUAACACCGACCUUAUUAUGUCUUUUUGCAUUUAUAACACAUGCUUGGCCAAGAAAUACUGCUCCGAUUUCAUACCUUGAUAAACGAAGGAAAAGAAAUGAAAUUUUCAGUGACGCAUUUCACUAAGCAAACGACUAACCAUUACUAGCGGUAAAGAGGCAAAACGAAGAAACAAUAAAUAAAGUAACAACUAUUACCAACAACAUAAACUUUGAUCUUAAGUAUGUAAGUAGAUUAUUGAGGUAAAAAUUGAAUGUAUAGCUUUAUAAUUCAAAUUAUAAAAAAAAGAGAAAAAAAUAAAGUGCGACGACUGAAUCGUGGAUAUUAUCGAAAAGGGCUGUACGAUGACAGUGAUAAAUAAAUACUAUAACUCGGAA